AUGAGCGAUAUAUCGGAUUUCAGUGAAUCUGAAUUGGAUAGACCCCAGACGCCUAAAUCACCUCCACCUCGUCAAAAGGGGAGGCUGGGGGGUGGUGCUGGUGCACCAAAAGCAGCAGGUCCAGCAGCAGCAGCAGCAGCAGCAGCAGCCGCAGCAGCAGCAGAUGGAGAUAGCAAGAAGAAGGGUAGUGGAUCUUCUGCAUCGGAUGAACAUAAGAGCAGCAGCAGCAGCAGCAGCAGCAACAGCAGCAGCAAGAAAGACCAGCAGCAAGCACCAAAGAAAGCAGCACCACGUAGUCAACGCUCUUUAGAGAGAGCCCGAGGCGUUCUUUCUCCUCCAGACUUUUUCAUAUCUAAAGUUGUUCAUGAUUGUCAGUGCUUCACUCCUAGACUCGGACAUUGUGUGCUCGAGGCUAGAGGUAUUAUAUAUAUCUUUGGCGGUGAAGAUGAAGAAAAGGUUGCUACAUCAACUCUCAUCAAAUUCGAGCCCAAUGCUAACAGCUUUGAAUUGGUGGAGACGAACGGCGAAAUGCCGGCGCCUCGUCGCUGUUCAUCGUUAACACUGUGGAGGACAGCAGCAGAAGCAGCAGAAGGCUCAUCAGCAGCAGCAGCAGGAGGAGCAGCAGCAGCAGCAGAAGGAGACGGUUUAUCUCUGCUGCUGUUUGGCGGUGUCGGAGGAGAAGCUAAUGAAGUGCUAGCCGACCCUUGGGCGUUCGACUUAAAAACAAGAGCCUGGAAACCGUUCAAGUCUUCUAAUACACCUCCUGCACGACAUUCUCAUGCUGCGGUGUAUGUGCAGCAGCAAAAUAAACUGCUCAUUUUUGGGGGGCAAGGAGAAGACGGACGAUUAUUAAAAGAUGCUUAUGUACUCGAGAAAAACACCUGGAAGGCAUUAUCAAGUGCAUCAGAAGACUUAGCGCCGAGUGCUCGAUGCUGUCACUCGGGUUCUUAUUGCGAGAUAGAGGGCCGCAGCUAUGUAGCUGUCUUCGGAGGAGAUAUAUCGGGCACGGGCAAAGGAGAGAAUGACUUGUGGCUCUAUGAUAUUAAUCAAGACGCCUGGGACAUCGUAGAUCAAUUCGCCGGAGAACCCCCUGCACCCAGAUGGAAACACGCAGCGGCUUUCUUUGAUAAUCGCCUUUGGAUUAUUGGAGGCACUUAUGCCGGCUGGUUUAAAAACUACGUCAUGUCAGAUUUUUAUGUGUUUGACUUCGGCGCAAAAGUUUGGUUCCGGUGCGACGUAAAUCCUGACGACUUGGGCUGUCACACCGACGUCGGCAGUCUCACUGUUCUACCUGCUAACAGAGCUAUCUUCAUCUUCGGAGGUGCAGAUCAAAGAGGCUAUCCUUGUGCAGAUGUGUACCGACUUGCACCGGUUUGUACGACAGUUUCUUUGAGCGGUUUAAGUCAAGAAAUGCACAAAACAAUUAAAGAAGUUAGUUGUAUGAGAACAGAUGUAAAUCUAUCUUUAAAGGAGGCAUCAUCAGUUAAAGAAACAAUAAAACAGCUUCAAGAGAAUAUUCAAAGUACCAGUACAAAGAUAGAUGAUGUAUCUGCUGCUGCUGCUGCUGCAACAGCUAAACUUAAUCAAAUUGCUGCUGCAGCACAGCAGCUUGAGGCGAACUUAAAGAAAACACAAGACCAAAUGCAGAAGAUGCACGAAACUGUUGAUAAUAUAACUCUCCUAGAAAAAAAAUUCUCUACUAUGGAGCAAACAAUUCAAGAAGCUCUCUCUAAACUAGAGAAGAAGGCUGACAUAAGCAGUUUAAGAGCAGUUGCUGCUAAAGUAGGCAGCAUACCGGAUGAAGAAGAAGAAUAA